CGAUGCAGAGGCUAGUGUAUUCAUCUAGAUUCUAAUAUAUCUGCCUGGUGAAGUCUAUAUUUGUACAUCAUCUAUUGUGGCCCGAUCUCAUUAGUCUCCAAUAUAAUUUUGGUCCAGAAGAAACGGCUAUAGAUAGAUAUUUAAAGUAUUUCUAUGUGUUUGUUUGAGAUAUUAUUGAUUAAAUUGUAGUCGAUUAAUGGUUGAUAUUAUACGGAGCAACAUGCUUUCGUCAACACUGCGUUCGUUAUUAGCUAAAGAAAUCUUCCAUCGGACUGCUUUACGCUGUGUACAUGUGACCUCAAAACAUGCUUCCGAAGAUGAGCCAAAGAAAAAAUUUGACACAUUCCCGAUUUCUAGAUAUCCAUUGCCAAAGAUAGAAACACUACCACAGUCAAUUCAGGAUAGGAUUUCAGAAGCUGAUGAAAAGACUGGCUUUGUACCAAACGUUAUGACGAGUUAUGCGCACAGACCCAAGGAAUUUGAAGCAUUCUUCAAUUACUACGAUGUUUUAAUGCAAAAAGAGAUCGGAAAUUUAUCAAAGGCCGAUCGCGAAAUGAUUGUUGUCGCAACAAGUUCCUACAAUUCGUGUUUGUAUUGCGUGGUUUCGCACAGUGCUCUUUAUAGAAUUUUUUCGAAAAAUCCCAUCGUGGCUGACCAGGUAGCGACGUGCUGGGAGGCAGCAGCUAUCACAGAUCGCGAAAGGGCAAUAUUAGAGUUGGCAAUGGCCGUUUGCAAAUCUGAAGAAAUUUCGCAACACUAUUUUGACAACCUUGCAAAACAUGGCUUGGACGCCGAAGAUGCGUGGGACAUUGCGGCAAUUAGUGCCUUUUUCAGCAUGUCAAAUAGAAUGGCACACUUUAUGAACAUGAGGCCGAAUGAAGAGUUUCAUCUUAUGGGCAGAGUACCGAAAACGAAAAGCAAACCUGCAAAAUAGUACAGUGACAUUUCCAGGUUCGUCAAAUAACCAGGCUAUAAAAUACAUUAAUACAAUAAGUCAAACUAAGGAUUUUUGUUAGUAGAUAUUACCUUGAAAAGAUACACUUUUAUAGGUCAUAUGGUACCCCUCCUAGUAUGAUAGUGGUAAUACUGCAGAGAUAUUAUUUUAAAACGACCAGUUUUAAAACGUUUGUCCGAAUACAGGAUUUGGAUAUUAAAUGCACUGUAAUUAUGG